AUUUAAUUAUUAAUUAUUUAAAAUUACACCGUAUCUUACGAUACACUAUUUUUAAAAAACGAUACACCUUCCGAUACACGAUUUGACAACUAUGAUUGAUGAUAUUAUACAGGGAACUACUUCUUUUGGUGCUGGCUUCUUCUUGGUUGUCAUAGGGUGGCCUAUAUUGGGAAUGAUCUUGGAGACAUAUGGGUUUGUUGUACUUUUCAGUGGCUUCUGGCCAACAUUGGCAGUUUUUGUGCAGAAGAUACCUGUUCUUGGUUGGUUUUUCCAACAGCCAUAUAUUAGAUCGUUCUUUGAUCGUUAUCGUGGAAAACGAGUCCCUGUGUAAAUUUUGUCUAGGAAAGUGCAAGAUGAUUUGGCUCUGAAUAGUAAAGUUGUGUAGAUCUUUUGGCUUCUUUCUCUGUCAUUUGUGCAUGCAAUGAUGUUCAUGGGGAUCGAACUUCGUUUACCUUUGUACUACAUUUACAGAUAUUCUGAGUUCGAUUCAUUGCUUUACUGUUAUUAUGGAUGCAUGGUCAUGACCCAUUAAAUCUUUUGCAAGCUAUAAUCAUACUGGUUCGGCAAACGAUUUUCCUGUCAAAUCUGUGAUCACCGUAGUAUGUUGGGCCAUCUUAACUUGAGCUAUAUUUUGGGUUUUUGUUUUUUAUUUUUUUUUCUCCCCUUGUGUCUGUAGUUGUUAAUUGGCAUUGGCUGUGU